UCCUAAAAGUGGCACAGUGGUUGAAAAGGUUGAAAAGCCCUGGUCUAAGCACUAUUGCUAUUGUCCCAUCCAAAUUUUCCCCAUGGCCAAUCUUGCUUAGCUUGCAAGCUUAGUCUAGGCCAGUGGCUAGCUGGGACCAACCGAGGCUAAAUAUUUUAUAAGGAUGUUUUUCAUUAAGUCUUUCCAAGAUCGAGAGGGUCAAAAAAGCAGACUGGUGAAAGAGUCCCAGCAUUGCACAGCGUCAGCAAAGCAUCCCGGAGACUCAAAGACUUCCACUGAGCUAAGAGGCAGCAAAGAUCAAAUUGGGUGACCAAUGACUUGGCCGGCGCAUGGGAAGGACUAUAAGUAUCCAGAGCGUAGUGCUUGAACACCGAUCACAUCUCAGCACAAAGGAGGAGGACCUAAAAAGCCAUUGGAGCAUCCAACUGACAAGAGCCCAGCACUGGUCCCACGGCUGGUAUCCCGGAGGAAAGCGAGAAAUUGCAUUGCCCAGAAACUUUGAGGACUCUGAAGAGAGCAGACUUUGUGACGAAGGUGGUUGUCCAUAUCUGAAAGUCCCAAGUGAUAAAGUGGUGAAGCAUUUACUGGCUGGCAUCCUGACCGGACAACUUCAAAAAAAGAAAUGAAAAAAGAAAAGAGCUCCUUUCUUAAGGAAGAAUGGGAGGCCUAGAAACAUAUAUAAAUGAAAUAUAAAUAAAGAAAUAAUUAAAAUAGUCCUGUGCUUUUGGAAAUCAUUUGCUCCUGAACAUUAGCUGUCCUCCCUCUUAACCUCUCAUGACUUGCUUGUUGAUUUAACAUCCUUUGUGCCUCUGAGAGCUUCUGAACGGUGAAGCUAGCAUUACAGAUUCCCUACAAACAAACAUUAAAUAGAAAAAGGUCGAAGAAAAAAAACACAUGGCUGACCAAUUGGAACAAACUCCCACGGAAAAGUCCUUUGUGAAUGUGAAAAUACCAAUAUAUUGAACAAAAUGCUUUAUUUUAUUUUUUUUUGCUAUGUAUCUAUAGAUAUUUCUGCACGGAACAAAAUGCUUUAUUUUUAACCGGGCCUCUAUAGAUAUUUCUGCAGUCAAAUGCAAACUUAGGUUUUUCCAAAUCUUUUUCCCAACGAUCACAGCCUUAAAGUUUCAGACAAGGAACUUUCAACAUUUGUGACACACUAAAUCAGCACCAGUUGCCUUUUUUCUUCCCGGGACAUUGGCAAAGUGCACGAUCUUUUCAAAAUUCCAGAUUUAUAUUAAAAUGUUCUACAGAUGGCAUCUAACACCCGUGAGGUUAGCAAAAAUGUUUAAAAAUGUAUCAAGCAAUUGUUGGAAAUGUAAACGAAAACCAGGCACCUAUAAACCAUCUUUGGUGGACAUGCUCUAAAGCCAAAAGAUUUUGGUUUACAUACAUGGUUAGAGAAAAUAAUGAAAAAACA